UCCACUCCCCCAGUCACAGACACAGACAACCACCCUGGUGCAGCACUCAACCACUAUUCUUGGCCUCCUCACUCACUUUGGCUGGCUAAAGCAUGAAGAUUGGGGUUGCUGCGCUGGUUGGGGGUUUGCUUGGGGUUCCAGGGUUUCUUUGUUUCUUGUUGGCGUUUAGUACGGAUUACUGGCUCCUAGCAAGUGAUGACUGCGGGUGGUUCAAGCAGCUGAGGGCAACAACAUACAAUGUAACUCAGACCAACAGCACAGAGGCCUUAGAGGCAACAGAUCCAAACAUUUCCUUUCUCAAUCUCCAUCAUGAGGGAUUUUUCUGGCGCUGCCUCUUCCAGAGUGACCCCACCCAACAUGUAUUAUUGGCUGUUCUAUUCACUAACCAGCCAAGAUUGAAAGUGUGUAUACAUGGAUACCUCUUCCCCUUGCCUGUUGCAGUUGGACCUGUUCCUCAUCAUAUUUAUGAUGCUACUGCAGUUUUCCGUGGAUUCUGGACUUUGCUUAUAAUCCUGGCCAUUGUAGCUAGUGUGACUGGGGGCUUCCUGCUAGUGUGUGCAGUUCCCUUCAUCAGCCACAAACUCUACAGGGCAGGUGGUGCUUUCCUCAUCACAGCAGCAUGUCUUUUCCUGGUGCUAGUGGGUCUCUUCAUACUGUGGAAGGAGCUGGUAGAUGUGAGACAAUAUAUUCUACAGGAGAGAGGAAGCAUUUGCCCUGAUGCCCGUCUGGAAGCACAAUAUGGCUGGUCCUUCAUUGUUGCAGUGGCUGGUAUCCCGUUGAUACUUCUCUCUGGUCUUCUUUUCUACUGCAUAGGAAGACAUCUCCAGAAGCACAUUUAAAGAUGAAGAGUGUUUUGAUAGACAGUGAUUGAGUCAAGUGUUGGUAAUAAAAUACUCAGUUUUGGAAUAAGCAGCACAGUGAAUCCUGAUGGUGGAACUUGUACAGGUACAACUUGAUACAUAAGCCUCUUUGGUAUAAGAUCUCUAUGUCUCCAUUAGUUUUAUUUCUAACAUCAUAUUUGCUAAUAUAAACAUCUGACAGCAAAAGGUCUGUAAAAGUGGCAUAAAAAUAUUAUGAAUGAUAAGUUCUUUAUGGCUGUUGACAGUACCUAUGAUUGAACACUUUUGAUUUGUUUUGAUUAUUAUGGAGAACUUUAUACAGAGAAAGUUAAAUAAUUUUUUAAAAUUAAUUUUAUGGUUAUUAUCAUCUAAACAUUAACAGUGAAGAUGUAUUUAAAAAAAACAAAUGUUUAUGAAUUGUAUAAAAAUUGUUAACGUGUUUAAUUUUAAUUAAUUAUAGUUAGUCACCAAUUGAUUGUUUGUUAGUCACCAAUUAAUAGAUUGUUAAUAGUUAAUUUAUGAUAUAAAUUGACAUUGUUAUUUAAUUCUUUUUUUUGUUUCUUUACCAGAAAUGUUUAAUAGUAAAACCUAAUAAAGGGCUACAGAAAGUCUUGCCCAGAAAUACGGA